UCCUCCCUCCUUUUUCUCCCUUUUCCACCUCCUGCAUUUUCCUGUCAAAACCCUAGAUUUGAAAUCUAGGGUUUUGUUCUGUUGCUGUGUCUGAGGCAGUGGCUCAAGAGCUGCCUGAGCUCCUGAUUUUCUACAUUUUGGUUUUUGCUGGGCAUUUUCUGUGAUGGGUCUGUAGGGGUCGUACUGUUCAAGCUCUGCAGUCACUUGGUUACUUGUUUCUGUGGGUAAAGGUCAGAGCUUUAUAGGGUUUUUUAGAUAUUCCGAAACUUCAAGCAAAACCCUUUUUUUUUUUUCUUUUUAUAAGCUCACUCUGUUUCUGUAUUUUGAAGAUUUAGGGUUAAAAGGGAUUUAUCUCCCUCUUUUUUUUUUUGUUUUUGAAAAUAAUGUUUUAACUUUUUCCCCCAUUUUGUUCGAAUUUUCCGUUUUCUGAAGAAUUGACCAAGAGGGUUUGUAGAAACAAUCUUUAGGUGACAAAAAAGUGAGUUUUUUGGUGACAAAUCUCUUAGUAAAUGCAUGGAUGGGAGGGAAGCAAUGGGAUUGUCUGGUGGGUCAGCUUCAUACUACAUCCAUAGGGGAGGAGGGGUUGGUGGGUCUAUGCCUGGGUCACAGGCUACUGGCGGUGGCGGCGGACCUCAUCAUGCUCCACCUGGGUUCAGGCCCAUCUCAAACACACUCAUGCAACCUCAGUCCAAUGUGAGGGUCAGCUCUGCGGGAUCAACAUUCUCAGUAGAGCCUUCAAGACCCAAUUUUCAACAUCGUGGCAGUACCAUGAAUGUCGCUCCCGGAGUGCCUUCAGCUCAGCCUGUAAAGAAGAAAAGAGGGAGGCCCCGGAAGUAUGGCCCCGAUGGGCCGGUUUCUCUGGGGUUGUCUCCCAUGUCUGCAACACCUACUCCUACACCGGGUUCAACCAGUCCGACCCCGAAACGUAGUAGAGGGAGGCCACCUGGGAGUGGUAGGAAGCAACAGUUGGCUACUCUUGGGGAUUGGAUGAACAAUUCAGCUGGAUUAGCUUUUGCACCCCAUGUUAUCACCAUUGGAGCUGGAGAGGACAUUGCAGCAAAAUUAUUGUUGUUUGCACAACAGAGACCAAGGGCGCUAUGCAUCUUGUCAGGAAAUGGUGCAGUGUCUUCAGUAACUCUACGUGAGCCUGCAUCUACUGGUGUCAGUGUCACAUAUGAGGGUCGGUUCCAGAUAUUAUGCUUGUCAGGUUCUUACUUAGUUGCAGAGGAUGGUGGACCUCGCAAUCGAACAGGGGGAAUAAGCGUUUCCCUUUCUAAUCCUAAUGGUCAUGUCAUUGGUGGUGCUGUGGCAGUGCUGAUUGCAGCAACUCCAGUGCAGGUUGUGCUUUGCAGUUUCGUAUAUGGUGGCUCCAAGACCAAGAACAAGCAACUGGCUGAUCCCAAUAGCGAUGAGAAUUCCGAGCCACAGCAUAGCGAGAAAUUGGGUCUAGCAAGCAGUGCCCCACCAACUCAAAAUUAUAAUCCCUCCGGAGCAGGCAUUUGGCCUGGCUCGCGGCAAGUUGAUUUGAGAAAUGCCCACACCGGUAUUGACUUGACUCGAGGGUGAAGAUAAGCUGCAACAGACACAUGCCAGGUUUGUAUAUAUGUGUUGUAAAUGAACUGAAUCUGUGAUGCAACUCUCCGACCCUUGUUCACCCACUGGUGGGUAAACAAGUUUGUGCUAACAUAAUCUGUAACAAAAUCCAUAACUCCAGGGGAUGUUUCGGGUGACAUAAUUCACUCGUUGAGGAAGUUUCAAGUAGUGUGGAGGUUAAAAUAUUCGUCAGUAGCAAGAAAUUCUUUUGGCUUUUAGGUGGAAACUUCCUAUUUGAAUCAAAAGUCCAUUUGAAGUUUGUAACCGAUUCAAAAAUGACAAUUUGUAGAAUUGUAUGCUGCAUAUGCAUGGAUGAACGAGUCUCUUUUUCAUUUA